AUGCAACUAUGUAUUUAUUACCGUAGUAGAAAUCCGAGAAAUCGUCCACAAUACCGCUCCAAUUACUCCAACUGCCCGAAUAACCUUGCUUCUAACUUAUUAUCUGCUACAUAUCUUGUUUGUGACAAAUUAGAGGUCUGGAAGCCGACGACAAUGAAAUGGCACCUCGUAGUUUUUUCUAUGAUUGUCAAUGCGCUUCAGAUAACAGGAAACAACAUUUGGUUAGCGGUGACACCGGAGCAAUGCUCUCCGACUAAAACAAAUCUCUCCAUUUCACAAAGAAUAGUUGAUCAUGGCUCGCUUAACACAUUUUAUUCAAUUGCUAGAGGAAUAUCUGAUGCUGUACAACCUGGAAUUUCGGAUAGCAUAAUAAAAGAGUUCAAGAGUCUAUUGGAGAACAAAGAUAGACAACAAUUUACGACGUUUCUAGAAAAAUUGGCUACUAAUCAGAAAGGACCUAUUGCCUUCUUCAUACUCGGCAUUAUAAUUGCAAUUGUUUCACUUUUAUUUGGAGUGGUAGUCCUUGUUCUACGAUGUCUAUGUUCAAGGAAACAUGAAAGCAAAAAAUCGAACGAGACCAGAGCCAGUGUCCACAUAAUAUGCCUUUUAUUCCUCCUCGGAUCAUUCGUUUUUAUUCUCAUCGGUGUUAUUAUCAACAAUCAAAGUUCGCCGAAACUAUUCUCAUCAAUAGAAAAUAUGCCUGUCCGUAUUGAAGAGGUGAAAAAAGAUGCAUUCACAUUAGUCGAGAAUAUGAUAAAUACGUUGAUUUGCUUUGCGAAUGAUACCAUUGGAAAUAUUUUCGACGAAGUGGUUCAAAACGUUACGAAAGCUUCUAAACAACUACUUGAUGAUCUACUGGACCUUAUGGGGAUUACUAUUCUUAAGAAGAUGAAUACGACAGCGAUUCAAGAAAGAGCUAACGAAUCAUCUGGCCAAUGCGACAUCAUAAACGGAUCGAUUCGUGACCUAAAAAAUCGAUCACCGAAUCGUGUUUGCAAAACUAAGCUUGAAAAAUUGGAAGAAAUCAUUAAUCCAUUGAAAAACACUUUAGGAAAGACCAAGGAGUUUGUGCCUAUUAAAAGUAGCAUCAUCGAUAAUUUAAAAGAAAUCAAUAGCAGUGCGUUGGACCUCAUAGAUACUAAGAUAAAACCUGUUGUACGUGAAGAAAUCCAGAAGAAAAUGAAAGAAUUUCUACCCGAUAAUCUACUAUCUGAUCAGCGUAAUACCGUAGAUACGUUGAUGAAUAAAAUCAACAAAAUUCUUCGGGAUUUAACAUCGCUGAACAUAUUUAAAGUAACGAAAAGUGUUUCCGGCGUACUUGUCACUAUACCGGGAGUUAUUGUCCUAUUUUUUAUUGUGAUAUCAGCACUACUCUCGAGUGUAUACUUAAGUCCGUUAACAGAUGGGGUCCCGAAAUAUUCUCGUUCUACUAACUAUAAGUCCCUUCUAACUUACUUGGCACACUUUUCCAUGAUCGGAUUUUAUACGACCACAAUUCUUGCAUUUUUUGUGAUCAUCUUAAGCAGUAUCGAAUAUCUUGGUGGCUCAUUCAUGUCAGCCAGUUGCAAAACAAUUAAAGAUCCAACGUUUUCUGUAUGGUCAAAUUUUGAGCAAAGUGUGAAAUUGCCAACACAACAAGUUAUCAAUUUCUCUGUCAGGGAAGUGCUGAAACAAUGCGAAAACGACAAACCUCUCUUGACAGCUAUUGAUGCAAAUUCAACACUAUUACUGAAUUCUUCCUUGGAUAAAGCAUUGGAUCUCUCUUCGGUUGAUUUCAAUCUCUCAGAACUAAUCAACUACGUUAAGGAAAAAAUAAACCAUUUUCAAAGGGCAAAUACAGGUCGUAAGGAAGAUGCAGAGAAGUACCUUCGAACAUUAAACCAGAUGUCAACAAAUUUGAACGCCGAAUUCUCUCUGGAGGAAUGUGAAACCUUGAAUCCAGUAGCAACAAAGAACAUCAUGAAUAAUAUCAUGCUGUUGAAGUCGUCUAUUCAAUAUUUCGGCAAUGAAACCGAGAAUCUUGUCCAAGUAUUCACCAAAUUAGUUUCGUUAAAUAUCGAUGAUGUUAUUGAAAAUAUUCGCACGACACUGAAUCCAGACAUUAUUAAAAAAGCUUUACAACGUGGAGCCGACAAUGUUCAUAAUGAAUUAUUAACGAAUUUGUUACGAUGUCGUGGCCUCUAUAAUCUCUAUCAAAAUUCUGGUACAAUGUUAUGCGGAGAUUUAGGAGAUCCUAUGCACGGAAUAUGGGCAUCUACGGCGACAUUAUAA